CCUUACCCUACUUUUUAUUGGCCCCAUCCUUCCUUAUUUUCCUCUCUCUCUCUCUCUUUUCUCUUCCUCCUCAAUUUUUUCACUCCCUAUAUCUUCUCCCUUACAACACCAAGUAAAAAUCCUCAAUUAGUAACAAAAAAAAAUAAAAAUAAUUGUAAAAAAUUUUAUCAUCAUGUCAAGCAACAUGAAGGGGAAAGAUAUAGUAACCCUACAGGGAUCCUCGUCUUCCUCCGUUUUCGGAGGCGCGUCACGAUCCCUGUUAAACGAGGAGGAACACCAACUCCAACACCAGCACCAGCACCAGCACCAGCACCAACACCAACACCAACACCAACACCAACACCAACACCAACAACGACAGUCAACAGCUCCGUUAAGUCGAUACGAGUCGCAAAAGCGACGAGAUUGGAAUACUUUCUGUCAAUACUUGAAAAAUCAAAGGCCACCCGUAGCUAUCAUGUCACACUGCACACCAAAUCAUGUCCUUGAAUUCCUGAGAUAUCUUGAUCAGUUCGGAAAAACUAAGGUUCACAUCCAAGGUUGUGUCUUUUUCGGGCAACCCGAACCUCCUGCCCCAUGUACCUGCCCAUUAAGGCAAGCUUGGGGUAGCCUUGAUGCGUUAAUCGGAAGGCUUCGGGCUGCCUAUGAAGAAAAUGGAGGCCCGCCUGAAGCCAACCCGUUUGCAAGUGGUAUAAUCCGGAUGUAUCUGAGGGAGGUAAGAGAUUCACAAGCAAAAGCAAGAGGAGUUCCUUAUAAGAAAAAGAAAAAGAAGCGAAAUCAAUUAAAAGGUGCGGCUGCUGCUGCGGCAGUUGCAGCUGCUGUAGCAGCUAGUAGUAAUACUAAUACUACAAAUGAUGGAAAUUCCAGGUUUCCCAUGCAAUCUCCUACUUGAUUACUAUUUUUAGUAUGUUUUUAUAUAAGUUAUAUAAUUAUCAGAUUACUCUUCUAUAUAUAGGUAAUUUAUAAUUGUCUUUUUUGAUAUAUAUACUGGCUAUAUUUUCUGGGGUUAUUUCAUGUCUUUUAUUGAUUUUGUUAGUGUUUAAUUAGUUUACAUUUUAAAGGAAUAUUUGUUUAUUUUCAUCAUAUAGUUCAUGUAUACUGCUGAAUUGGGUUAUGUUUGUGUGAAAGUGGAUAAUUUGAUUUUUUUUUUUGGAUUUUUCUGAUUGUUUGAUUUGGAGAGAGAAAGAUCAAUCUUGCUCUUGAUUGAGUUAUUAUAACUAUAUAUGCUCUGCGAGAAUUGGAUUUUAUUUCAAAUGGAAUAAGCAUUCAAUUUUUCAUGUAUAAUUCUAUAUUCGAUUCUCAUCUAAUAUUUCA